AUGGCCAUCUAUGGUAGGGUUCUACUGAUGCUGGAGAAGGUGCAGUUAGAACUACAGAAACUUGUUGAUAGCUAUGAAAUGAAGAGGCGAUGUGAUGAGAAGAGCGAAGUAUUUGAGGGCCUUGUGAAGCGAUCAAAAGAUAAAGGGAGGAUAAAAAGUAGCAAGGGCGAGGGUCUUUCACCUCAUCAGCUGGAAGUUGCUCAAGAUGAGUAUGAUGAAGAGGCAAACACUUUUUUUUUCCGAAUGAAAUCUUUGAAGCAAGGACAAUCCUGCAGUCUGUUAAUGCAAGCAGCGAGACAUCAUUCGGCUCAGAUUCUGUUAUAG